GAUCGUUCCUAGAGGACUGUUCGCUCUACCAGAUGCGGAACGAUGAUCACAGUAAGCUAAUUGUGCACCCAACAACAAAAACCCGACAGAUUCGAUCUCGAGCACGAUGUUGCGAUCGGUGGACAAAUGCCCCGGGCUGUACUGCGGGCGCACGGUUCUGGAAAACAGUUCGCUCAGCGAAUGUGGUGCCUGCUUGCGCGGCUACCGCGUGAACGCACAGUACGUGUGUUCGCCGUGCGAAAAAGAUCUGACCUCGCACGAUUGGCUGUAUCUAGGGUUUAUGACGAUUCUCCCACUGAUCAUACACUGGUUCUGUAUCGAUCUGAAUGCUCACCUGCGCAAAUUCACCAAGGGAGAGUUGAUCCUGCACGCCAGCGCCUGUGUGGAGGUGCUUCUUUCGGCCUUCCUCACCAUCCUCUUCACCGAUCCGAUCUGGCAGCUGCGCAUCAACUCGUGCGGUGUGCAGAAAGUGUCCGACUGGUACACGCUGUUCCACAACCCAACGCCCAACUAUGAGACGACGCUGUACUGCACGCAGGAAGCGGUCUACCCGCUGCAGACGAUGAUAUUCGUGUUCUACCUGUUCUGCGUCACGUUCAUGAUGAUCAUUCGGCCCGGGUUGAACGUGAAGUUUCUGCCCUACCGUGGCAAGCUGGCCGUCUACUAUGCGCUCUACAUUUUCCCCAUCCUAGCGUUGCUUCACGCCGUCGCCGGUGGUGUUAUCUACUACACCUUUCCCUACCUGAGCAUCCUCAUUUCGGUGGUGUCGAAUGCAUUGCACUUUUCGAUCAAGCUCGAUCAGACGAUGAAAUCGCUGCUGGAAACGUCGAUAACCCAGCUGAGAAAUGCAACGAUUAUACUUGGCCAUUGGGUGCUGUUGGCGUAUGGCAUUGUAUCGAUACCGUACGACAUUUCCUACUUCGCACUGCUGCUAGUACCUGCACCGGCCCUGUUUUACAUUUUCACCGCCAAAUACACGGAUCCUGAUAAUUUUAAGUAGGCAGUAGGAGUACACGUGAUCGGUUGAAUAUUUGCACCCCGUUCCAUAAAACUGUUGUGAUCUAAGAGCGAGACUUGGAAAUAGAAUCUUCUUCUUGUGCAGUAAUUGGAAUCGAA